AUGACAGACACAAAUGGGCUAAGCGAAUGGGAGGGAGUCCGGCGGAUUGAACGAUAUUAUAAAAAAUUAGAACAUGAUUUAAAUAAAUUUAAAAUGGAACUAGAGGCAGAUUAUUCGGGAAUUACUGAAACAUUGGAAAAACGACGUGGUUUAUUGCAUGCUGAUUUUUACAAUUCAAUUCUUGGUUCAAAUGAAUUUAAUCUAGAUCCAUUGUUUGAGAUAUUUGAAGAUUUUACUGACGAAUAUUCAAAUAUUGGCACAUUAACUCAUACGUAUUCACCUUAUCCACUAACACAAGCGAGUCGGCCAUCAGCAGGUGCAUCAUCGACUCGGAAAUAUUUUCGUCAAUCUAUCACCUUCCCAUCAACGUCUACUCGUGGUCGUAAACGUCUUCACGGUACAUCAACACCGACAAAACGUAAACGUAACAGUACUACACGCACACCAUCGACAAACAUAAACAACUUCUAUUUGACUGAUUCAUCCCAUCUCAUAUUACCAUCGUCUGAUAGUGACGAAUCAUCCAGUUCUUAUCUUCAAUCUGCUUUAUCAACGACUCAAGAUUAUUUUAAUACAAAUUCAAAUUCAAUCGAACAUCAGCAACAUCAACUAUCAUUUGAGGAUGAUUUCGAUCAAGCAGCAAAUAUUCUGACUGCUAAUUACAGUGGAUCAUCUGGUCAAGUUGAUGAUCGUCGUUAUUGUUUUUGCAACCAAAUGUCCUAUGGUGAAAUGAUUGCCUGUGAUAAUCCGUUGUGUACGCGGGAAUGGUUUCAUUAUCGGUGUGUAAAUAUACAAGUAGCGCCCAAAGGAAAAUGGUACUGCUCUGAAUGUUUAAAACAAACAGCAGCUAUCACCAGUCAAUUAUCAGCAUCGACAAAUAAACAAACUUCAAUAUCAUCUAGCAGUCAAAAUACACUAUCACCACCAUUGGCUUAA